CACAUAUAGUACACCCACCCUCUCUUUCCCAAUCAAUCAAUCUCUCUCUCCUGCCUGCAGAUAUCACAAGCUUUUGCUGCUCCUACUGCUGCGGCAUCUUCAUCUGCAGUGCAAACAGCUGCUAAAUUCCCCCAUAAGCCUCUGGCUUCCUGCCUCCUCUCUUUCUUGGAACCCAGCACUGCACAAGAACCAUUUACUCACUACAGUAGAGUACUAGAUUACCACUUGUGCACCUAUAGUGGUCGUAAAUAGUUGUGAUCCACAUGUGAGCUGCUGCUGCCUGCUGCUGUGGUUUUUCCAUGGAGGAUCUGUACAGCAUCCACCCGGGGAUCUCGCGGGCCGGCGGCGCGGUGAGCGAGGCGUCUGUCGUCGGCGUCGGAGUCCCCUCGCCGUCGGAUCUGACGGAGAUCAUGAAAGCGCAGAUCGCCAGCCACCCGCGCUACCCCUCCCUCCUCUCCGCCUAUAUCGAGUGCCGCAAGGUGGGAGCGCCUCCUGAUGUGGCGUCGCUGCUGGAGGAGAUCAGCCGGGAGAGGCGCGGCUGUGCCGGCGCCGGCGCCGGAGAGAUCGGCGUCGAUCCCGAGCUCGACGAGUUCAUGGAGUCGUACUGCCGGGUGCUGAUCCGGUACAAGGAGGAGCUGUCGCGGCCGUUCGACGAGGCCGCGUCGUUCCUGAGCAGCAUCCAGGCGCAGCUCAGCAAUCUCUGCAGCGGCGGCAGCUCACCGGCGGCGACCGCCACGCACUCCGAUGAAAUGAUGGGGUCUUCUGAGGAUGAGCAAUGCUCGAGGGACACUGAUGCGGCAGACACAGGGCAAGAACACAACUCCCGCUUAGCUGACCAUGAACUCAAGGAUAUGUUGCUCAAGAAGUACAGUGGAUGUCUCAGUCGUCUUCGGUCGGAGUUCUUGAAGAAGCGGAAGAAAGGGAAGCUACCAAAGGACGCACGGACGGUUUUGCUGGAAUGGUGGAACACGCACUACCGCUGGCCCUAUCCGACGGAAGAAGAUAAGGUGAGGCUCGCGGCGAUGACUGGUCUCGACCCAAAGCAGAUCAACAAUUGGUUCAUCAACCAGAGGAAGAGGCACUGGAAGCCGUCGGAGGACAUGCGGUUCGCCCUCAUGGAGGGUGUUGUCGGUGGGUCAUCUGGGACGACGCUCUACUUCGACACGGGCACAAUCGGACCGUGAAUGGCACCAGUUUUCGGGCAGAAAGUUGGCCAGCUCAAUCGGUAGCAGGAUCUGGCGUGUGAAGAUGAUAAAUUUGCCGGGUCAAAAUUGACAAUAAAUCUGCCGGUCUGAAAAUUGAUCAGAUCAAUCAAUUGCCCCGUUAUUUUGCAAGAUCAUGUGUAUAUGGCGUACUGUCGUACCAAAACAAAAUGUAUGUAUAAGCGAUUUGAGGAGACCUGCAAAAGCAUGUUAUUAGUAGUUUCGUGUACGGGGCUCAUGGAUUGUACGUAAUCAGUGCCCUGGCUACCCAGUUUAAUUGUUAGAUAUGCUGAAGGGCUUAUAAAAGGUAAAUUUACCUCUAUUGUUCUGUUUCUGUUUAUAUUUGUUAUUCU